AUUGGUUUGAUAGCAUGGCAUUCGUCCCUCAGCCCCGCUCUCUUCUGCUACACCUCGCCCACUCGUGCAGUUCACUGCCUCGUCCAUUCUCAGGUCAUUGGCUCUGGGAGCGCAUAACCCCACCGAUUGAGAGUUGCACCGAGCACCGCCUGCAUUGACCUCGUCUCGGGCUGCGCCUAGUUUGACAGAGUUGGCCUGGAGAUCGAUGGGGUCGUUAAUUCGCGAGGAACCAGAUGCGACCGUCUAUUCUUGUCUCAUCUCGUGUUUGCGCCUCUUGGCCCAGUAGCGCCAUUACCGACGACUUCCUCCGCGCUCCUAGAGGACUAAUCUUCAACUUCAUCUAACGCGGGCAAAAUGCUGCCUGGCGCUGGACUGUAUCUUCCUGGGAGCUUGUAUUCCAAGCAAGACCCAACCUCGGAUCGCGCGGACAAGAGCGCGCGAUGGAAGUUCUUUGAGCGAAAGCCUUCGAAGCAGGAACAGGACUCUUUCGACCGAACAUCUGGCCCGCUCUCUGGGACAUCCUCAGACGACAUCACCAAAAUCUUCUCAUCGCUAUCCACUGUGUUCGACUUCGCAGAGUUCGCGUCCCAACAAGGAAAGGUCUCCUCAGAAACCGAAGUCUUCAUCAACUUGAUCCAGCGCGUACGACAGGAUGUAACAGAGGCUUCUCGGCUCUACGUCUCGCCCGCCGUCAUAGACCACCUAGAAGCAUGGCCAGACAAGAAAGCCUGGGUUGACAUGAUCUUGGUCGACAUCGAGCGGUCGUUAAACGACAUCGGCGUCUACAUGGAGACCGUGCGCGUGACCGGAGAUGACGGCGGCACAGUCGGGCUGAGACGCAAGUUUGAGUGGGUCUUGUCUCAUCACAAGAAGCUCAUAAACAAGCAGCAGUACCUGACGCUGUGCCAUUCAAGCCUCAUGGCAGCUGUGCAGGCUAUGCAGACCGCUGAGAUGAACGGCGCGUAUGGUCCUCACGAUCCUAUCUAUGAGGCACCGUCGCGGCCCUGGAUUCAGGAUGAGGGAAGGGAUAUCUUGCGCAGUCCGCAUUCGAGGCAGAAGUGGAGAUUGAGCCAGAAGAAUUUGUCGCUGCCCAGCAUCACCGUGUCCGAGGUGCACCGGGAUAAGAUCGAUGCGGGCUCGAUCAACUCUCUACCUAUAGAGCUUCCUGGCAGCACACCGGACGACCUUCCAGACCCGGACAACCUGGACCUGUACGCACCUCCGCCAAAGCCACGGGCAGCCUCGUUAGAUGCUAUCCUGUCUCCAUCCUCCGACAAGGAGGCCCUCGACACUUCGUCAGGCUUAGAGACAGAUAAGUCGCCUGUCUACGCCCCAUCACGACCACCUAUGGAGGUAUUUCCAGCCCGAAGGUCUCUCGACCAGGUCCGAACUUCCGAAUCUACCCUUUACGACAUGCGUCGAGCAUCCUUGGACCAUGUUCGCCCUCGCGCAUACUCAGAUCAAGUACGGCCACAGCGAUCUUUUGAGAUGAAACCACGCGCAUCCUUUGAUCAAGUGAGGCGGAUGCCCACCCUCAAUGAGAAGCCUCUCGAACGCUACGACUCCACCGCCUCCGUAUCCGUCGAUCAAGCCGCCACUAUCCCCCUUUCAGCGAUGCGGUAUCGACCCAAGGCCGUGCAGGUACGGAAGCCGACACCGAAGCAUCGCUCGCUCCCUUCGCUUCCUUCCCUACCCAGUCAGUCUUCGCUCAUCAACGACCUCUCGCCAUGGAUACUACCCAGCGAGGCGCGAGACAGUAUUCAGAGUUAUCAGAGCGCGGACACCAACAUCUCCCUUAAUGCGUCGACUCCGGCGACAUCUGUCGCCUCCUCGCCAGUGCUGCCGUCACCUUCGAGCUGUCCGGCCAUGCUUGGGGGAGCUGAUUCUGGUGCGACGACCCCGGUGCCCAGCAUAAGGCCGCCGCCGGCAAGUGCCUCCCCGACGGUAGACGUGCCGUCAUCACCCAAGGACGAAACGCCGUUACUACCGCCGCGACGCUAUUCGCAGAUCCGUCGCCCAGGAACGAGCAGGUCUGCUGUAUCGGCUCUACCAAGCUGCAAUGAGGAAGGUGCAGAAACAUCAGCCCCGGAGAACCCGUCAAAGCUGCUGCGUAGACUAUUAUCGAACGCUUCUAGUACCGAGACAAAUGCCACUCAGGACGAGCCUUCGGGAUCUCGUGUGGUCGCUUCGGGGACCCCGGAAAAGUUGCUGGUCAAAGCUGAUAGCGACUCCUCCGCCCGAGAGACCGCCUGUGAUGAAGAACAUGAAGAACAGCCGCCCCCAUUGCCUCCACGUCCAGCCGCCAGAGCUCCAGGCUCCUCUAGCCCACCGAUUCCCACUGAGGUCCCCGCCUCAACGCUUCCAAUAGUUGCUGCUGAACCCGACAAGUCAAAGGAAGCUAAUGUUCCCCGUUCGACGGGUCAAGCUCCCCUGCCUUCACCUUCGGAGCAGUCUCAAGAGCCUGCGACCGAAAGCGCCACGCUUCCCCACAGUAUGGCCUACAAAAUGGAAGUCAUUGAUACUAUCCCUCCACCACAGCCACCGCAACCCACGACAGCGCAAGCGAGAAGAAGAGCAGCGCACGCACGGCGGAUGCAGAUCGCAUAUGGUGGGGGCUAGAAGAUUGGGCAUUUUGGUGAUGACGGAAUGAACACACGAUUAUGAUACCCAGAUUGAGACGGAGGUCUAGUACGGAGUUCUUUGUAGGAGCAGUUGCAUACG